UCUAUAUUGUAUUUUAGUGUUGGAAUCAUUUUCUUCAUAUUAUUUUUAUCGAUUUCGGUUUCAUUCAUGCACUUACAGUUUACAACACAAUGUUAUCUGCUGCAAUAGUACUAACAAAUAUUAGAAAAAAGAUUAUUCUUUUCUCUGCGGCAAAAUAACUCGGAGUGCAUUAUCGUGAUAAAAAGUAUGGUGAUUAAUAUUCAUCCGUAUGAUACAAAAUCCUCAUUAUUGGGGGCUGUUGUCCCAGUUUCAAAUUCUUACUGCCAUUUUUUGAUUAGUAAUUAAUUUGUAAGUGGCUACUGCAAUGGAUAAUGAUGAUGAUGAUGACCAGUCAAUUUUUCAAAGGGUACUCUGGUGUAUUUAUCAAAAACAAUGUCAUAAUCUUUCUGAACAAAAGGAGUCUGAAAUUACAGUGGAUGUAGAAAAAAUACCUGUAGAUAAAUCUACUUCCACAAAACAAAAAGAUCAUGCUUCAUUAACUAAUAGUGAAAAUUUAGAUAGUCUUGCAAGUGGUAAAACUUCACUGUUUGAAAUUUUAAAAUUUUGCGGCAUUUCUGCAGAUUGUUGCCCAAUACUUCGUUUUCAUAAAAAAAUUCCUGACGAUACUGCUCAGUUAAAUCCGCCUAAUGAACAAUGUGGUUCAAAUUCAUUAAACAGUAUUGUUGAUUCAAUUCAAGAAUCGAAAAAUUUGGAAUCUGUUACAAAAACAUGUUCUGUAUCACUUUCUCCAUCAAUUGCUAAUCGUCGACAUCAGACACCUCCACGUUUACUCACUUCUUCGUCCAUGGCGACCAGUCCACCAGUUGAAACCCAAUCGUAUCAUAUUCAACCUAAAGAUUAUGUAUUCAACCAGGCAUGUAAAGCGAUGCCUAGUUCACUUAUGUUACAGAAUAAUAGUUUGGGUACAUUCACAGUUACUCCAACACAACUUUUACAUAGUCCAUUAAUAUUAAAUACAUCAGCUGAUGUUUUCCGUUCUCACUGUACACCGUGCGAAUCACAAUCUGCACCUUGGAGUCAAACUUCAGUCACAACACAGCCUCUACCUUUAUUGAACUCACCCUAUAGUCAUGCAGCUUGUCCAACUUCCGGUACAACUACUCAGGAAUUAAACCAAUCAUCAUAUACUAACACUACUAGUUGUACUGGUAGUACACAAGUUCCGAAAACCUGUCCAGGUAUUGGAUUCACUGCAAGUCGUCGGACAAGAUCCAAAGGUCUUUUAGAGAGCCGUAGAGGAUCACGUACAUCACUUACAUUAUCUUUAUCUCCGUCAAAUGAUUCUCCUACUCCUAGUUAUUCUGUAGGAUCAACUCAGUUUAGUGUAUUUGGUGGUAGUCUUGAUGAAGAUCCAUGCACAAAUGAAGUAUUAUCAGAAAAAAAUGAAUCAGGUAAUAGUACUGAUUCAGUUAAUAUAAAUAAUCAUUCAAACAAUUCACAUAAUGAUAAACAAGUAAAUUCUCGGGAUAAUUAUUUACAAUCAGUAACUUACUUUUCACAUCCUACAAUUAUAUCAAAACAAAAUCAACAACAACAACAACAAAAUUUCACAACAACCAUCAUUUCAUCAUUAACAACUUCUUCAUCUUCUAGUACAUGCAAUACUGACAGUGUUAAUUCUCACUGUAACAAUUCAAUUCCAGAUAAUCAAAUUGGAUUAAUGAAAAAAGGACAAUAUCUCAUGAAUAAUCGAUGUAAUUAUAUGUGUUUUCAUCAUCAUCACCACCAUCACCAUCAUCAUCACCAUCAUCAUCAUCGACAUCAUUUUCAUCAUUUUGCUAUACAUCAUUGUAAAGUAGACGACACUGGUUUUCCUUGUUCCUUGGGUAAUUUAACAUGUCAACGUAAUCGAGAUUUAGAACAAUUGAUCAAUGCUAGCUUACCAUUAACAUAUAAUCAAUUGAAAAUUAAACUACGUGACAAUCCUACAGUAUUAUUUCAAGAAUUUUGGGAUAUUCCUAUGAAUCAUGCUGAUAAAAAAGAAUUGCCUAUACCUGGAAUUUGUCAUAAAAAUCGUUAUCAAUCAAUUCUUCCAAACUUUUCAACACGUGUUAUAUUACCUGUAGUCAAUAAUGAUAUAACUUCCAGUUAUAUAAAUGCAAAUUAUAUUCGAGGUUACAAAAGUCGUCCGAAUGCAUUUAUCGCUACUCAAGGUGUAAUGCCACAUACAAUAAAUGAUUUCUGGCGUAUGGUAUGGUAUUCUCGUGCACCAGCGAUUGUUAUGAUUACCAAAUUAGUUGAAAAUAAAGAAGUUAAAUGUGAAUUGUAUUUACCUGAUUCUUCUGGUGAAGAGGAUGUAUUAUCAUUUGUGGAAAAUCAAUCAUUUACUACAAGUCCAUUAUUUAAAACUGAUCCAUGCUCAUCUGAUUCUGAUGCUAUAAUCAAUAAUAAUAAUAAUAAUAAUAACAGUAAUAAUAAUAAUAAUAACAAUAAUAAUAAUAAUACACAGAUUACAAGUGUUCCAAGUAAUCCAUUAUUACCAAUGAUGUCAUCCUCAUUCUUCUCACAAUCUUCAACAUUAUCAUAUCAUUAUGAACAUUCAAAUGAACAAUCUGAUAUUGAUACAACUAAUAUUAGUUCACCUAUUUCAACUAGUUCUGUUAUUACUACUACAUCAACUGGAGGAUUAUCUUGUAGUGGAGUAACCACAUCAAAACGUUUACAUGAUAGUGGUAUAGCAAGUGUAGAUGAUCAAUCUUCAAUAACAGACAAUUCUAGUAGUAAUGCAAUACAUACUACUGUUACUGCUGCUACUGCUACUUCUACUACCACUGCUACUACUACUACUACUACUACUACUACUACUACUACUAAUAAAGUUAAUAAUAUCAUGACUGAUAAUCAAAAUAGUAGAAAAUCAUCAAAUGAUCGUGGCAUCAAUUUUUAUCAAUCUAUAUCAUUACCCGGUACCAGCAAAACAUUUGGAAAUAUAAGUGUUAGUGUGUUAUCUUUGGAAAGACAUGAUGGAUAUAUAGUACGCCAUCUUCGACUAAGUUUACCAUCAUUUGAUGUUUAUUUCUAUAUUUUAGUAACUUAUAAACAAAAUAGCACUAAUAGAAUUUCUAUUAAAUGUUUAACUAAUUCAUUAAAUGAAAUUGACGCUUUUUAA